AUGCAUCGAUUUCAAAGGAUAUGUAUCUGGAAGCGAUUGGUAAAUGAACGCCGAUGUGAGGUGGCGUUGGCUGUCAAUCGGCCGAUAUUCUCACCCCAUAUCUACUCAAUGAACAAAUCGGCCAGGCAGUACUCAGCAGCACAAAAUGUCCCUUGCGAGUUUCCAACGCGCCAGCUAGAAUCCAAAACCCAUCCACUAGGAUGGGAACGGAUUCAAGCUCAGGUUGAGCCUUAUUUCGCCAACAAUUGGGAUUUUGCCAGCAUGAAAGAGAAAAGGGGGUUUCUUGGUCUUGGGGUAUCCCGCGCCUUUAGUCACUUUUCCCCUUUGACACUAGAUUGUCGCAUUGAUGUGACGUGCAAGAUGCUUUAUAUGUCUUUCCUCGUUGAUGAUCAGCUUGAGAAAAUGAGUUUUACACAAAUGCUGUCGUAUCGAGACCGGGUCAUGAAAGUUGCCCUUGGAACAGUGAGCCCUAAUAGAAGUAUCUCUCUUGAGUGGAUGCUUCACGAUACUGUUAUGGGCAUGCGGAGUAUGGACGAGGUUCUGGCAAAUGAUGUUGUUCAGGGUUUUUGUCAACUUCUGCAGGCCCAGACAUCCCAGGAGAGAGCCACAAUAAAUACUCUCGGAUCAUACCUCAAGUUCAGAGAGACAGAUGUGGGCAGGCCAUUCGGUGCCAAGCUCUGUCUCACUACUGCCGAACUCAAGAAGACUGCCGCCUUGGAAAGCACCGCAUUUAGGCAUGUCAGUGUUAUGAAUGAUAUCUAUAGCUGGGAGCGAGAAUGGAAAGUAUACCAGGCGAACCCAACCGAUGGUGCCCAGCCAUUCUCCGCCAUCUACAUCAUUGCCAACGAGACAGGGCUACCAUAUACGGCGUGCAAGCGAUUGAUGUAUAGCUACUGCCGGGAAUUGGAGCUCGCUUUCAAACAAUCCAGCGAUGAAAUUCGACACAACAGCAUGGAAAGCUUGACACAUGAACUAGAGAUGUACAUCAAAGGUCUGGAAUACUUUAUGUGCGGCAUUGAGUUAUGGAGUCAGUGGACUCCACGAUAUCGACAAUAA